AAGACCAGCCGUGUGUGAGUGGGAUCGCAAGCUUUCCGAAGUGAUCGUGGACGAGGGGUGCCGCUCGGCUUGAUCUAAGCCCGGAAGUAUCGGAAACAGUCUACCCCUCGCCAAUACGACCCCAGAUCCAUAAAUUAUGGCUGAUAUACACAGUUUCGGCGUUGAUCCAGUCAGCUGUCAUGCCUUCAAUAAGGAUCGUUCUCAGGUAGCGGUCGCGUUGAAUGGCAACGACGUCGCAAUCUACGCGAAAGAUCAAGUGGGCUGGAAGGCGAGUCCGAUUCAAACUCUGACGAAACAUGAUCUCCGGGUGACUUCCAUCGAUUGGGCGCCCAAAUCAAAUCGGAUAGUCACAUGCUCCGCCGAUCGGAACGGUUACGUAUGGAACUGGGACGGAAAAACAUGGGAGCCAGUCCUCGUGCAUUUACGAAUCAACCGAGCCGCGACAUACGUGAGGUGGUCACCGAGAGAAAACAAAUUCGCCGUGGGUUCAGGAGCGAAAUUGGUCUCUGUCUGCUAUAUCGACGAUGCAAACAAUUGGUGGCUGUCAAAACAUAUCAAAAAACCGCUUCAAAGCACCGUCUCGUGCUUGGAUUGGCACCCGAACAACGUCCUGCUCGCCACCGGCUCUACUGAUUUCAGAACUCGAGUAUUUUCCGCGUACAUCAAAGAAAUCGAAGACAAGCCGGAGCCAACUCCUUGGGGGGCCCGAAUGCCUCUGGGUCAACUGAUGGCCGAGUUCCCCUCCGGAGGCUGGGUUCACGGUGUGUCCUUUUCCCCUGAUGGAAACCGGGUCGCUUGGGUGUCACACGACAGUUCCAUCGCUGUCGCAUCCGCUGGGGGGGAUAAGGUCGCUUCGUUGAGCCUAUCCGGUCUACCCCUCCUGAAAUGCCUAUGGCUAAGUCCACUGAAGGUCGUAGCGGCGGGCUACGAUUGCUGUCCUUUGCUCUUCGAAGUCAACGACAAUGCCUUGACGUUCGUUACUUCACUCGACAAACAGAAGAAAACAGAAGCUGGGGGGAACGUGUCUGCUAUGCGGAAGUUCCGAGACAUGGACAAACUUUCGCUAGACUCUGGCACGGCUGGACCAGACAUCGGCACCGUGAUGACCACCAUUCAUCAGAACACUAUUUCAUCGGUCACAGUGCAUUCUAAUCAGGGCGAUAAAGUUAGCAAAUUCGCGACAUCCGGCGUCGAUAGCAAACUGAUCGUCUGGGAUGUCAAAGCUCUGGAAGCAUCUCUAGGCAGCGUUCGUCUCCAUUGAGACAACUUGCUGGAUCUUUGGAGAUGCUCACGUUUGGUGGAAGAUUCUGCCGACUCCGACUAUUUGGGAAAAGAACGCUGCCAACUAGUUAAAUGCAUAUGAGUUGAGAGCACGAAUCGGUGGUCAAGCGACGAUGGAUGCGAGCUUUUGAACGCGUUGUCCUCACCUCCGUAGACGGGGUGGAAACUUCAUCUUAGAGAGCCGAACCGACGGAAUGCCCGAUUCCCAUUAAUUUAAAACCAAUAAAUCGAGUACAAUGGCGGAGACGAUA